AGCGUUGUGGCAGGACGGCCGGACGGCCGUGAUCACCAUCAUGAAUUCACGACUUGGACGGACUCUGUGGUUGGUUCGGUUGGGGGACGAGGACGAUAACAAAAUCAAAGCCAAGGGCGAAGAAAUCCAAUGGAAGGGAUUUCCAUACGAAACUUAAAUUUUAUGGGGAAGCCAAAAUCGCACGCCUCUUCUCUUCCGCCUCCAUUCUUCCAAUCAAAGCUCCUCUGUUUUUCUCUACUCUACCUCCUGACCUCUCUCUCCCUCGCCUUCUACAAUUCCCUCUCUGCCACCCGCUGCCUCUUCCGAUCUUCCCCUUACGACCCAAUUCAGUCCCCUCUCUUCACUUACCCUUCCUCCUACGGCGAGCACAAAUACGUCAUUCCUACCCACCGCAAUUCCUGCUCUUCCCCUGUUCACUUCUCCGAUUACUGGAAUGUGUUGCGGGAGAUCCAAGAAUUGUCGACUCUGCCACCGCCGUUGCCGGCCCUGAGGUAUAUCAAGGCCAAGAGCCAAAGUUUCGGUGGGAAUUUCAGUACCCAGAACAGAGUUUCUUAUUUCAAUCACUCCGAUGAUGGCAUUGAGGUUCCUUGUGGGUUUUUCAAGGAUUUCCCAGUCAGUGAUUCUGACCGGAAGGCAAUGGAGAGUUGCCACGGCUUAGUGGUCGUCUCCGCGUUGUUCAACGAUCACGACAAAAUCCGGCAGCCGAAGAGCCUGGGCUCGAAAACGAUGGACACAGUGUGUUUCUUCAUGUUUGUGGACGAGGUGACGUUGGCCGCAUUGGAACAACACGGAGUGGUGAAAUCCAGGGCUUCGCCAGAGAGCAGGGUAGGUGUUUGGCGAAUUGUCAAGGUGAACAGUGAUGAAGGUUUGUAUGAGAACAAUCCAGCGAUGAACGGGGUGAUACCGAAGUAUUUGGUCCACAGGCUGUUUCCGAACUCGAAAUUCAGCAUCUGGGUUGAUGCCAAGAUGCAGCUGAUGGUCGAUCCGUUACUGUUGAUUCAUGCAUUGGUUGUGGCUCAGGAUGUGGACAUGGCCAUAUCCAGACAUCCGUUCUUUGUUCAUACGAUGGAGGAAGCCAUGGCCACUGCGAGGUGGAAGAAGUGGUGGGAUGUUGAAGGGCUGAGGCUUCAAAUGGAGACUUACUGUGGGAAUGGGCUGCAGCCAUGGACGCCCGAGAAGCUCCCUUAUCCAUCAGAUGUUCCAGAUAGUGCUGUGAUACUGAGGAGGCACGGGCCGAGGAGCGACUUGUUCUCUUGCCUUGUGUUCAACGAGCUGGAGGCGUUCAACCCGAGGGACCAGCUGCCGUUUGCUUACGUUAGAGACGGGAUGAGCCCCAAGGUGAAGAUGAACAUGUUCGACGUGGAAGUGUUCGAGCAGAUUGCACUGGAGUACAGGCACGUUCUCAAGAGGUCGUCGUCGCCGGCGGCGGAACAAGGGACCAAAAGGAGGAGAGUGGGAGGUGGGUUUGGGCAUGAUUUGGUUGUGAAUAGCAGUUGUUGCAGUAGGUGCCAGAAUUACUUGUUGGAGAUGUGGGGUGGCGAUUCCCAUGUAUAAAAUUCGAUUCAUUGAUUGAUUCUUUCUAUGUUCUUCUUUUCUUUUCUUGUCCUCUCACUCAGCUCCUUCUCUUUAUUCUUUAUAUGAUUAAAUUGCUGUUGUUUUGGAUUUUGUCUUGUCUUGUGUGGUAUGUUCUUUUCUUGUUGCUGCUGGAAAUGAAUGGGAGAUUCGGACGGAGAAAAUGAAAGGGUGAUUACUAUCAGUCUAGUUGGCAUUUUCACAGGAAAAAGAAAGCUGACAGUAGUGCAUAUGCUUCUCAUUUUACUUCCUGUCGCUUUUGAACCGGUAGACAAACUGACCCGUCCCGAUCCUUAGGAACGAGACGGGUCAAUGGGUUUUCCUGGUCAAGUUUUCACCCC